AUGUGUGAUCACACUAGAUCGCAACCCGACUUCCUUCCCAGCAUGGGGCACGAGGAUCCCUACAGCGAUCUUGACAGCGAAAACCACCAUGCUGAGCAAGCUGUCGCCUCGAUCGAGGCCCCUCGGGAUCUGGUCGAUGACGAAGACUUUCGAAAGAACAGCGCAAGGAGGCGAGGCGUCUACUUCAGACGCUUGAGGAUAGGACGUCGAAGAAGGACGAAGAAGGGGCUGCUGAGGGGGCCUGUUAUUGCUGGCCCUGAUGAUGAGGGCUUUGCGGUUGCUGGUCCUGCUUCUGCUCGUCCUGAAAUGUCGGCGAGGGAACCUGGCGUCCAUCUGAGAAUGAGUGAUUGGACAUCAAGCCAGUCAAUCCAAACUAAGCCAUCUUCUCCUUACAAGGCCGUGCCACCCACCCCCAAGAAAGAGAAAGACGAGCAGCAGGACUCACAGGAGACGCAUACCGGUGACAUCUUACUGCAAGUUGAUGGAGUCAGGCAGACAAAGGACGACAGGGAGUGA